CUCCGCAGGCCAGAAGGCAUAGAGCGGCAGUUCAGGAAGAAGUGCGGCAAGUGUGGACUGCUGCUCUUUUAUCAACACCAACAGAAAAAUGCUCCCGUGACAUUCAUUGUUGAUGGUGCUGUGGUCAAAUUUGGCCAGGGUUUUGGGAAAACAAACAUAUACACUCAGAAACAAGAACCUCCCAAAAAGGUGAUGAUGACCAAACGGACCAAAGACAUGGGCAAGUUCAGUUCUGUCACAGUCUCCACAAUUGAUGAAGAGGAGGAGGAGAUCGAAGCGAGGGAGAUUGCGGACUCCUAUGCACAGAAUGCAAAAGUGAUUGAGAAACAGCUGGAACGCAAAGGCAUGAGCAAAAGAAGGCUACAGGAGUUGGCUGAGUUGGAAGCCAAGAAAGCCAAGAUGAAAGGAACCCUGAUUGAUAACCAGUUCAAAUGAAACACUGCACAUCUGCUGGGUAUUUGGAGACAGGAGAAAGCUACCAGGAGCUAUUGCAGAUCUGUCAGCAAAGCAGAAGUAACAGACAAUGCUCAAGGGCAAUGUGCUGCAACCAGCUUGGAGGAUGAGUACCUCUCUGUCAUAAGUGAUAUUCUGACCAAUUUUAAUAACUCCAGUGGCACUGGAAACUUCGCUGAAACUGCAGUGCUCUACAGACCCAGUGUUAUGAGCAAGCUGUUCCAGACAGAAUAUUUACUUUUGGGAAAAUCCUGCCUGGGUGCCUUCCUGAGUUCAGUGCCUUUAGAUACUUGUCUUUUUAUUUUGUUAGUUGUCAAAUGUGUAAGAUUUCCAUAAAUGUAUUAGAACAAUAGGUUAACUGCACAACAAAAAAACUGUUACAAAAUAUCAGUAUUUGGAGUUGUAAAAUGUGAAGGAGAAGGAAAAAUUGUUUUGAAUGCACUGACCACUAAGGACUUGGAUAAAGACAACAUUAAGAAUUGA